AUGUUGAAGUUGGGGUGUGUGGUUGUGACCCUGCUCUUUUUUGUAAAAGGCUCACUUUCACAGCAGGAUGUAUGUGGUCUUGCACCUUUGAAUAACCAUAUUGUGGGGGGAGAGAAUGCCGAAGAAGGGCUGUGGCCCUGGCAGGCUAGUUUGCAAAUCUUUGGCAACCAUUUCUGUGGAGGAACCCUCAUCAAUGAAAAAUGGGUUCUGACAGCCGCACACUGUUUCUCCAGUUAUCAGACACUUGGCCUGAAGGUCUAUUUGGGAAAGAAGACUCUAGAGAGCUCCGAUCCACAUGAGAUCUCUGUAGAUGUUUUAAAGGUCGUUAUUCACCCUAACUACAAUAGGUUCACCCUCAACAAUGACAUUGCCUUGCUGCAUCUGAAAAAAGCUGUGACCUUCACAGACUACAUUAGACCAGUGUGUCUGGCCAGUCUAGAGAGUAAUUAUCCUCAUGGCACCAGUUCCUGGGUCACAGGCUGGGGAAAACUUGCCUAUGAAGACAGUUUGCCUUCUAGUGUGCUGCAAGAGGCAGAGGUGCCUGUUGUUGAUUCCCAGCAGUGUGAUGCUCAGCUGGGACCUGGUCUUGUUACUGAAAAUAUGAUAUGUGCUGGAUUUCAAGAAGGAGGCAUAGGCCCAUGCCAGGGGGAUUCUGGAGGUCCUUUGGUGGUGAAGCAGGGUUCAGUCUGGGUUCAGGGUGGUAUCACUAGCUGGGGUAAGGGCUGUGCUCUGCCUGAAUUACCUGCUGUGUUUACUCGGGUGUCCCAGUACCAGUCCUGGAUAUCUGACGUCAUCAAAAGGAACCUGCCUGGUUUUAUUACAUAUUUACCGUAA